GCGCUAACCUGUUUUGCAAGGUUCUUUCCAAGGUAGAUUUCAUGUAGCUUUGCAGACUUUUCAGAGUGCAGCUUUGCAAAGGAAAUGAAGGCAAGGAGCCACAGCUGAUGGGGCAGGUUUGAGACUUCUCCAACACACACUGUUUAUCCCCUUUGCCCAUGCAGUGCUCAUGCUUCCAGGUGCUGGUGGCAGCGCUGGCCCUCGUGGCUGGCUUGCAGCUGCUGUAUUUGGCCCUGUUGUCAGGUCUGCAUGGACAGGAUCAACGGUCCCACUAUGCUGAGCUUUUCCAAGGGCGCCGGUCCCUGCCCAGUGAUGGGCACAAGGAGAGGCUAAAGCAAGUGUUGGCCAGCGGUGGCAGCCUGGAUGCCAGUAGACAGUACCGCAUCUACCAGGACAUGUUACAUGGCACUUGGGAUGGCGAGCAGAGGCAGGAUGUGGUGCUGGUCACGCACACCAGCCUCAGCAACUUGCAUCACACUCAGCAACUGGUGGAACGCUGGAGAGGCCCACUCUCCGUGGCCCUUUUCGCUCCAGGUUCUGCCGAAGUCCGCCUUGCCACCUUGAUGGUCUAUGCGCUAGCAGCUCUAUGUGCGCCCAUUCGCCAGCUAGUUCGCCUCCAUCUGGUGUGCCACGCUGAUCAAGUGGCUGCCUUCCCAGAGCUGGAGGAUCAUGACGAAUUUGCCAGGCUCCAAGCCUGUGGAGAUGUCUUCGCCAAGCUAGCACGAGUAGGGGCCGGGCAGCGUAAUUAUGCCAUGGAUGUUUUUAACGCUUCCUAUCCCAAUAACUUGCUCCGCAAUGUGGCACGGAGGGUGGUCGGUGGGCACUGGAUGCUGGUGGUGGAUGUGGACAUGGUGCCUAGCGAGGGGCUACGGGAGGCCUUUUUGGCACUACCUAGAAUAACUGAUGAGGGGACACCAGGGGUUCUCGUUGUGCCUGCUUUUGAGAUCCGCCACACUCGCCGCAUCCCUGGAACAAAAACAGAACUGCUGCAGCUGUACCAAGUGGGUGAGAUCCGGCCUUUCUAUGAAGAACUGUGCCCCAGAUGCCAGGCACCCACCAACUAUUCCCAUUGGCUGAAUCUUCCAGUGGGUGGCCCCCUACAUGUGGCCUAUGAAGUGGAGUGGACAGACCCAUGGGAACCCUUCUAUAUUGGCACUAGUUCUGUGCCCCACUAUGAUGAACGCUUCAAGCAGUAUGGCUUCAAUCGCAUCAGUCAGGCUUGUGAGCUCCAUAUAGCUGGCUACCGCUUCUUGGUUCUCAGCAAUGCAUUUCUGGUGCACAAGGGCUUCAAGGUGGCCAGUGAGUUCCAUGCGCAAAAGGAUGCUGAGAACCAGCGCAACAAGGUGCUCUUUCGACAAUUCAAGCAGGAACUCAAGAUAAGAUAUCCCACCUCACCAAGGCGGUGCUGACUCUGGGUCAACUAAUGGGGGACUGUGUGGAGUCUCUUUUGGACUGGGCGAGGGAGUCAAGCACUGCACACCAGCUCGACAGAAAUGUCCAACUCAGGAUGCUGAUGCUACUGUCAGUAUUUGUGUAGAGAACUACUUCUGUGCCAGUUGGAGGGAGGAGGCAUACCUGCCAGCUUGUCUACUUUCUCCAGUGAUGUUUGUUGCUGCUAGAAUAUUAUCAGUGCUUUAUUUGGGGAGUUUGUGUCUGCAUACAUACGCACACUCUAAUGCUUCCAUGCAUAAGGACCUUGGUUUCUGUCAGGUAUGAGAAUUCCCCAGCUGAUGUUUUGUAGGACCUGUUUACAGAUAAUUCACAUGGACUUUGCAUUACCAAGGUAAAUCAACAUUGAAAUCUGACAGUCCAGUCUUAUGUACUUACUCCAGUCUAAACCUAUUGAAAGCAAUCAGACUUGACAUUAACUCUGCAUAAGAUUGUACAGAGAGUUAAUCCCAGACAAGGCUAAGGUAUUGAAUCAUCUCAUCUGGGAUGAAUAUACAGCUUUUUCUGUUGGCUGGUCACUGUUUUACACAGAGAAACACAUUUAUUUGUGAAAUAGCAAACAAAUGAUUCUGGCUAAUUUCCUUAGGAUAACAAACCUUGGGAAAGAAAUCUGAGCUAACAAUCUCUGGAACUUGAUUGUGAGAACAAACAUCAGACUUCAUACUUUCCACUCACUGGCUUUUACAAAUGUUUGGUGCUUCUUUUCUGUCAGUCUAUUUUUCCCUGGUUGACCUCUAUAAAAGGCACAUUUCUUCCUGUGGAAUGAGGGCUGAUGUUUUAUGGUGCUUAAGAGGUGGGGGUGGGCCACAGGGAUCUGGGUCAAAGUGCUGGAACGUGGUGGGGUGACUUGAAGAGAAGAAACUGAAACACAAUUCAAGAUUAUUGAUUUUUGUCCCUGACUUUAUUUUUCAAGUUGAUAGCUUCUUUUUCUACAUAAUGGAUAUAAAUACACUAAUGUACUUCCUGGGGAUGAAAGUGGGGAGGGAAUAAUAUAUUUCCACUAAAAACUGCAGUUUGCAAAUUAAAUUGAAUAAUUUGGAUUUAAAGUGCUUUAUUCUUGUCAACUUUAUGCCAAUUAUUAGAGCAGAAGUAGUUAGGGCUAGCAGCAGUGAGGAUGUACACUGUUGGCAGACCUAGCUCUUGACAAAGCUAAUCCAUUUUCUAGAAUUUGGGAAAAUAUACAUUAAGGGUAUUUCCACACCUCUGUGGUGGAAAACACCAUCUACAAAACAACACUGAAGCAGUUUAUAACUUUUUUCAUUCCUUCCAAAUCGCAAUGUAGAAGAGAUUCAACCUGUGGCUCAAAACCUGCAGCAACAGCCUUACAGCUCUCAACCACAAUGGCAUCAUAGAGCUGGGAGGGACCUCCAGGGUCAUCUAGUCUAAUCCCCUGCAUAAUACAGAAAGUUCACAAAUACCCCCCACCCCCACACACAGUGACACCUGCUCCAUACCCAGAAUAUGACAAAAAACCCUUCCAGGAUCCCUGGCAAAACUGGCCUGGGGAAAAAUUGCUGCCUGACCCCAAAGUGGCAAACAGCAUUUCUCUGGGUAUUUAAGAAAGGGCCAGGAGAACUAAACACUGAUGUAACCCUUCCUCCCUCCUUCUCAUGAUCUGCCUAAAUUAACAGAAUCAGCAGUGCUAUCAAAUGGCAAUCUAGCCUCUGUUUAAAAACCUCCAAAGAAAGCCAGUUUGGUGUAGUAGUUAAGUGCAUGGGUAGACUCUUAUCUGGGAGAACUGAGUUUGAUUCCCCACUUCUGCACUUGCAGCUGCUGGAAUGGCCUUGGGUCAGCCAUAGCUCUCGCAGAGUUGUCCUGAAAGGGCAACUUCUGUGAGAGCUCUCUCAGCCCCACCUACCUCACUCACUAUGUUUGUUUGUGGGGAGAAGGGUAAAGGAGAUUUGGAGUGGACGGCGGGAUACAAAUCCAAUGUCUCCUUCAAAGAAGCAGAGCUCACCAUCUCCUGAGGAAGCCUGUUCUACUAAGAAAUUAUUUGAACUGUCAGGAAGUUAUUCCUAAUGUUUAGCCAAAAACUCUUAAUUUCAGCCCACUGGUUCUGGUCAGCCCUUCUGGGACAACAGAAAACACAUCCAGGGUGUGAUUGUGUUGCCUACCUUAUCUGGUGGGCUUUGGGUGGGUAGUUUCAGGCAGGAUGCAGCACUGAUAUACUGAAACACUGCCAUUGGAAAUAAUAGCUUCACAAAUGAUGGAGUAAACAUUAAGAGGAUACUGCCAGUCUCCAUGGCAACAACAGCCUUUUUGUGAGAUGGGAGUUUUCAGGCAUCUUGACGGUUUUCUAAUGUUCGUAAUUAGUCCUUGUAGCCUUCUCCUUUAUUUCAGCUAAGGCUUUGGAACUCUUGUGAGGUUUUACCUCUGACUUUUCUUACGUUGCGUCUUCUGUAUGAUAGAAAAUAUGCACAAAUUGAAAUAAAUGAACAUACACCUGU